CACAUGUGAUUUGGCAAAGUCACUGACAUUCUAACGCGUGGGCUGAUCCGCCACUCCCGGCCAUGAUGUGACCUCGCGACCUGCCCAGUGGAAUUGCUCUUCAGGAGAUGUCAAUUGUGAGAAUUGCAAAGACACAUGUACAUGGAAUAACGCAUGAGAAUGUUGCAUUCGUAAAGUAUCAUCUACAAAAAGGAGAUUGAUUAGUCUCUUGGCGUGGGUUUGGAAUAAUUGGACCUCUUCCAGUCCAGUUGCACAGUACAGUCCGUCCGCUGAUUGAAUUCUAGGUACUUUGCACUCCGAAGCUCCCGGGCGCAGGGCUGCCUCCGUGUCUGCAGAUACUGUAUCAUCAGUGUUUUUUCGCUUGUACCUGAGGUGGGUUGCCACUUUAAGUGACCCAGCGGCGCGAGCGAUUGGACGACACGAGCCUUAAUCUAAUCUUCUGGCCCCCCAAAUCAAGUUACGCCUAGUAGAUUGGGUACUGUACCUUGCCUCCAUUCAUUCGCCUUGGGCCGUCGGGUUUUAUUAACUUGCCAUUGCCAUCGCCAUCGACAUCGACGCUCCCUUUUCUUAAAUCUCUUGUAUCUUCCAGGUCUAGCCUCCAACUCUUUCUACCUUCAUUUGUUGAUCGAGACCCUAUUAAUUGUUUGUUUCGUUUUGUCGCUUCCAGUUCCCCCUCCCCUACGGAACUGAAUUGUCUCCUUUCGCUCCUUCACAUCAUCACCAUCUAAAGUUAUAACGCGACCGCAGCAUCGAUACCUUAGCAACUUAUUUCUGAACCCCGUCAUGGGCAACGACAGCUCCAUUCUUGCCGAUGGCUCCGCCAUGGCCAUGCCCGGCACCUCAUUCAAUCAUACGCUCUUCGAAACAGCUUUACCACCGCUGCCAACAUUUAGUCUAGAGGUCCAGCCUGAUCUCUUCCCUUGGGUCUCCGACUUUUGGCUCAAUUUGUUACUCCCUAUUGUUGUGUACUGGGUCCUGUCCCUGACAUUCCAUGCAAUCGACGUCUAUGACUGGUUCCCCCAAUAUCGACUACACACGCCCGAAGAAAUCACCAAACGCAACCACGUCUCCCGCUUUGAGGUCGCCCGCGAUGUUAUCCUGCAGCAGAUCAUCCAGGUCGUCACUGGCGCUCUUCUCGCCUUGUCCGAGCCUCCGGAGAUGGUUGGAAAGAGUGAAUAUGACGUCGCUGUCUGGGCUACUCGCAUCCGUAUCGCGCAACGAGCUCUCCCAACUGUGCUCGGCCUCGUCGGCCUCAACGCUACAGCAAUCUCCAAGAGUCUCCUGGACACUCAUCCCCUACUGGCCGGGGCUGUUGCUGGCGGUUACUACCCAUCGCUGGUGGGCGCAAACAAUGAACCUGCUUUCGCCUCUUGGGAGAUGACAUUGGCCAAGACCAUCUACCACUUCCUGAUCCCUGCUGUUCAGUACUUUAUUGGUGCUGCCAUCAUCGAUACUUGGCAAUACUUCCUCCACCGAUUGAUGCAUGUCAACAAGUGGUUGUAUGUCCAUUUUCAUUCUCGCCACCAUCGUCUCUACGUGCCUUACGCCUAUGGUGCUCUCUACAACCACCCUGUCGAGGGAUUCCUGCUCGACACACUUGGUGCCGCCGUCGCAUUCAAGGUUACCCGCAUGACUUUGCGCCAGGGCAUCCUCUUCUUCUCAAUGUCCACAAUCAAGACUGUCGACGACCACUGUGGCUACGCGUUCCCCUGGGACCCUCUCCAGAUCGUCACCAGCAACAACGCUGAAUAUCACGACAUCCACCACCAGCACUGGGGCAUCAAGACCAACUUUGCUCAGCCCUUCUUCACUUUCUGGGACACUCUUCUCGAUACCAAGUACAGGGGCUCCAAGACCAACAAGCCUAGCCAAAGGAAGGCUAAGGCCGCGGGAAAGGCUCAGUAGAUUUUGUUUUUGAGACAUUGGCACAUGAACUUUUUGAUUUCAGCAUAAGGAGCACACGAUUGUACGCUCCCAACAAAACAAGAAAUCCAAGCAUCAGUAUUCGAUUAUUUGGGAAUCGCCGGAUUGCGAUAUGGUUGUUUAAUCUUAUCAGAGGGGCGCUUUUUCGUUACGGUUUUGGAUCGGUUUGGGCAUGACGGCAAUAUCAACAUCGACACUUAUCAUCACGGCUCGAAGCUUGCGGUAAUUUUUAUCAACCUUUAAUUCAUGGCUUUAAUGAGGCGCCUGAUGGACCAACUCCUUGGGCCUAAUACAUUCUUCCUACUUUCGUUAUCUUACAACUCCCAUUGUUACCUUGCCACCAGCCCCGUCUUCGCAAUCCAAGGGUCUGGUAGUGCGGUGGCAAGGCUGGCCUUCCGAGAAUGCGAUGUUGGAUAGACGAGAGUCUUCCAGCCUAUUUGCUUUACAUCUGGAUUUGUACUAUUAUUUUCGAGAAUGAGACACAGACUUGGGUUUGGAAACGGCGCACAAUUAAUAUGUGAGAUGAUAGGACUUGGGUUCCUGUUCCUGUGUAUCGGGAACGAGUAUGGCUAGAAAGAAGGAGAAGAAAUCCAGUGAGAACAUGAAUAGCUGCGCAGAUGUACGAUGCUGUAUCUCGGAUUGGUCCUCAGGAUAGCCCCCAGGAACAGAAUAUUAACAGUUCUUUCUGUAACCGUAUUGAUAAUUACUGGAUGCUAUCGUGAUACCUCUCCACUGGUAGAGUCACUCUGGACUGUCUGUAUGUCUUGACAUGAGAUUGAAAGCUCCCUGUGGCAAGACAUUCUUGCAUAGCCUAUGUGAAACACUAGAAGGACAUUAAUAAGACCGUCUACAUGUUUUGGGCAUGAGGCAUCAAUUCUUGCAGUCAUUGUUGUAAUGGUAGAAGGGCCAUUAAUUCAUGGUCAUUGGGCAAGUAAUUGAAGACGGUACUUCAACAUCUAGCAAUUGAGAGGUCCUACCAAGUGUUUAAGGAGUGGUCACAGCCAGGAUCUCGACGUUUAGAUUGCAGGAGGACUCUUCCCAUAUCAUACGUAUUAGCCCGUGUGAUCAUAUGAAUGUAAAUGUUUAAUGCAUCACUCUGCAAUGGUCAAAUCGAGACUAAGGUACUCAGCUCCAUGUCAAUGUGAGCAAUUGGCCUACCCUAUAUGAAGCGACCCGUAUUCGGGAUUAUGAAGAAAUAACCCAUAUGCAUGUCAUGUAUCGAAGACCCUUGCAUGUUACGAUGAGAACGACAUAUCGUUGCUCACUAUUAAUUGAUAUAUG